AUGGCCGCCGAUUCGAAAGUGAUUAUUGAGCGCCUGCAGAAGUGGGGCGCCUGUGAUGUUGCGGAUGGUCUCUCCAAGCUCAAAUAUCCCAAUGGAGGAUUCCUGGAGGGGUUGACCAUGUAUUCGCCCGAAUUCCAGGCAGGUGAGACCAAAGUCGUCGGUCAAGCCUUCACCGUGAAAUUUGUUCCCAAGUCCGAUGAAGCUGCACCGAAGUUGCAGGGUAACUAUAUCGAUCAAAUUCCCGAAGGCGGAGUAGUCUUCAUCUCUCAGCCGCUUCCCCACGUUAACGCCGUCUAUGGUGGCUUGAUGACGCUACGCGCCCAGGCACUCAAGGCAGCUGCAGUUGUGAUUGAUGGUCGGGUCCGUGAUCUAGAAGAGCAUCGCUCCCUGAACUUUCCUCUUUUCGCCCGAUCUGUUGGUACCACGGCUGGUGGAGAGGUCUGCCGCCCGUCUGAAAUCAAUGUUCCCGUUCGCCUCAACUCCGAGAACCAGGAUGCCGUAAUUUCUCCUGGGGAUUACAUUAUCGCUGACCUCAACGGCGUGGUUCGCCUCCCUCAAGAACUGGCUGAGCAAGUAUUGGAGCUUAUUCCCGCCAUCGCUGAGGCGGAUGCCAAGUGCGCGGAGGCAAUCAAGGCGGGCUGGACAGUGGAAAGAGCUUUCAAGGAAUUCAGAGGCCGGUGA